CGACGACCAAGAAAAACGGGGAGAGGUUUUUUGAGAAAAAAGUGUUUUUUUGGGGGUAUAAUGGGUAUAAUUGUUUUUUAAUGGGGUUUCUAGACGCAUUUUUCGGGAAUGUUUAGUCAAGAUGUGUUUAUCCAAUGUCGUGGAAAAAAGGUCCUAAAAACAGUGAGAGAACGGUAUUUAAGAAGAGAUAUACCAUGUGGAUCACAGAUAUGUAUCCCGUGUAGCAUUUUUCCGCCUUUUUCUGAGCGUCCAGCAGAGAUAUCUACGCUUUCAUCGGCUCCAAAAGCGUUGAAUGGACUUGGAAAUGGAUGUUAUGUUGUACCGGACGCGAAAGUCCUUUAUUAUUGUAUGAGUCUUAUUGAAAAAGAGGGCGUUUUUAAUGAUAUGAUAAUCCUCCAGACUGUAUUAGAGGAUCUGAAAAAGCAGAGUCUUUCUGCAUAUAGUUUUCUUCGUCAAUAUGUAGCAUCUAUGGAUAAACGUUUUUAUGUUUUUCAUAAUGAGUUUCAUUUAGAGACAUAUGUGGAGCGUAAGGAAGAAGAGACUAUUCGAACAGCAUGUAAAUGGUAUGUAUCGCAUUUGAAGGAGGUGACACGUGGUACAAAGACGGUGGUUCCGGGGGUUUUACUUUUGACGGAUGAUAAAGAGAAUAGAUCUAAGGCGAAGGAUGAAGGAAUAAAUGCAUAUUCUAUAGAAGAAUAUCUUUCAGAGUUUUCUAAUUCUGAUGAACUUUUUGAUAUGAUAACAUCAGUUUCAGAGGUAGAUCCACAUUCGAAGAAGGGAAUUUUUUUAUAUCCUGAAUAUUAUUCAUGUUCAUCUAUAUCAAAUGGUAUAAAAACGGGUAAAUUAUAUCAAGGGGAAUUUAAUGUCAAUCCAUAUAAUUUUUUAGAGGCAAAUGUUUCGGUAUCUAAUUUUGAAAAACCUGUUAUUAUUCUUGGGAAGGAAAACAUUAAUAGAGCUAUUCAAGGAGAUAUAGUAGCUAUAGAAAUUUUUAAGAAAGAACAAUGGAGAACUUUAACAUCUAAAAUAAUUGAACAAGAAACUUUAUCAGUAAAUGAAAAUGCUGAAGUAGAAGAAUCAGAAGAAGUUAUAACGCAAAAAGAUCAACAAGAGAUUAUAAGCGAGUAUUGUGUUUUAAAACGUGGGCAAAAAAAAGCAGAUAAUAUUUUUCCUACAGGAAAAGUUGUUGGUAUUAUUAAAAGAAAUUGGAAAAAUUAUGUCGGUCAAAUAGAUCCUAAAUCUGUCGUUGUGUCAAAUAAUACUAGGAUUCAACAAACCAUAUUUUUUAUUCCUACAGAUAAACGUAUUCCAAAAAUACGUAUUAAAACAAGACAAGGGCCAGUUUUAUUAGAUCAGAAGAUUUUGGUUAAUAUCGAUGCAUGGGACAGGGAUUCUAGAUAUCCUAGAGGUCAUUUUGUUCGCUCGUUAGGAAAAUCAGAGGUUAAUGAAACUGAAAUGGAAGCUUUAUUGAUUGAAUAUGAUAUACAACAUUCUCCAUUUCCGAAAAGUGUUUUAGAUUGUCUACCAUCUGAAGGGGAUAAAUGGGAGGUAUCAUCUGUUAUGACACCUAGCGAUUGGGAGAAAAGAAGGGAUUUUCGUCAUCUUCCUAUAUGUAGCAUUGAUCCUCCUGGCUGCGUGGAUAUUGAUGAUGCUCUUCAUGCAAGGCCUUUAGAAAAUGGAAAUUUUGAAGUGGGAGUUCAUAUUGCUGAUGUUUCAUAUUUCGUAAAGCCAGGUACUGCUAUAGAUGUAGAAGCAUCAGAAAGAGGAACAACUGUAUAUCUUGUGGACAAGCGAAUAGAUAUGUUGCCAUUAUUACUAGGGACGAAUUUAUGUUCUUUAAAACCUGGUGUUGAAAGAUUUGCUUUUUCUGUCAUAUGGGAAAUAACAUUUGAAGCGGAAAUUGUUAAAACUGAAUUUGUAAAAUCUGUAAUAAAAUCACGUUCGGCUUUUACUUAUGAAAAGGCUCAGUUUGAGAUAGAUAAUAAUAUACAAAAUAAUGAAUUGUCUAUUUCUAUGAAGACACUUCUUAUGCUUUCUAGAAAACUUCGUCAAAAAAGAUAUGAUAAUGGUGCUUUGAAUCUUACUAGUCCCGAAUUAAAACUUGAAAUUGGGACAGAGACUUCUGAUAGAAUUACUUUUGAAUCUAAAAAACUUUAUGAAACAAAUUUUCUGGUUGAGGAAUUUAUGUUAUUAGCUAAUAUUUCAGUAGCACAUAAAAUAUAUGAAGCAUAUCCGGAAUUUGCAAUAUUACGGCGUCAUGUUGCUCCACCUAAGGAAAAUUUUGAAACACUUCGAGAUAUUCUUAAAGUAAGACGGAAUAUGAUAUUAAAUACUGAGUCAUCUAAAACUUUGGCUGUCUCUCUUGAUAAAUGUGUGGAUCCUGAUGAACCAUAUUUUAAUACGUUAUUAAGAAUAAUGGUUACAAGAUGUAUGUCAUCAGCAGAAUAUUUUUAUGCUGGAAAUUAUCAUUAUUCCGAAUUUAGACAUUAUGGUCUUGCAGUUAAUAUAUAUACACAUUGGACUAGCCCGAUUCGUCGUUAUGCAGAUAUAAUAACACAUCGCCAGUUAGCUGUUGCUAUUGGUUGUGAAUCUUUACAAUCAAUUUUGCAGGAUAAACCUAAAUUGGAGAAAAUCUGUAAAAAUAUUAACCAUAAACACCGUAUGGGACAAAUGGUAGGAAGAUCUAGUAUAGAAUAUUAUGUUUCUCGAACAUUAGAAAAAGAAAUUUAUGAAGACGCGUUUGUUAUAAAAGUAUUUAAAAAUGGAUUUGUUGUUUUCGUUUCAAGUCUUGGAAUAGAAGGAUUAGUAUAUACGCGGGAUAUUUGUAGGUCAGAAUCAGCUGUUUUAUUUGAUCCAGAAUCUUACAGUCUUGUAAUAAGUCAAUUGAAAUCAGAUAUUUUCAAUAUAGAUAAUGAGUUUUCUGAGGGUAUAUUAAAUAUUGGUGUUUUUGAUAAAUGUAGGGUCAAAAUAUUUCUGGUUAAAGAAUCCAUUGGAAGAAAAAAAAUUAAUAUACAAUUCAUAAAAAAACUAUAAUAUGGAUAAUGAAAUAUAAUAGUUUAUAAUUGAAGUAAUUAUAAUG